AUGACCGCGUCCAUCGCGUCCAUCGCGACGAUCGCGACGAUCGCGCUGUCGUCGCCGCAUCUCCCCGCCGCCCUCGCGGGCGGCUACGGCACCAGCCUCUCGUACUUCGAGCGCCUCGAGCGCGAGCGCGUCAUCUCGGAGGAGCCGCAGACGAUGGCCGAGCGCGACGCCCGCGCGGGCGCGCGCGGACGCCUCGCGGCCGCGCCGUCGCCGUCGUCCGCGCGCGGCGUUCCGCUGUCGUUGAACGCGGCGGACGACGGGACGGAGGACGGCGCGUACUCGGACUUGUUCGUGAAGUCGGAUCCGGUCGGCGACGGCGCCGCGGAGGACGAGAGACGAAACAAGAUCGACGUGAGACGAUGGGGCCGAGCCGCGUUUCAGUGGGGCGUCAUCGCCGCGGUGGCGAUUCGAAUGCGCCAGGCGAACGACCGCUCGUCGAAGGUGACGAAGCGGCUAGGUCUCGAGGGCGCCGCGUCGAAAGCGCUGAUCGGCACGCGCUGGAGGCUCACGCUAGACGUCGGCCGCGAGCGCGGAACGUGGAUGCCGCCGAGUUGGGCCGCCAGCGGCGUGCGCGUCAUCGCGCCAAUCGCGAUCGAGCUCGCGGAGGGCGGAGUGACGCGCGUCGUCGCGACCGGCGCGUUCUUGCCGAUGAAGCUGUCCGAGGGGAGGUGGCGACUCGAGGGCGACGCGCUGAAGUUUGACGUGCUGAUGACGACGGGGAUGGAGAAGGGCGACGUGACGCUGCCGGCGAACGAGUCGCUGCACUUCCGCGCGAGCGCGUGGGGCGGCGCCGUGAGCAGCCGGGGGACGCUGCUGCUUCGGCAGACGCGAUGGGGGUUCCGCAAGGAGUGGCGGAUGGUGGGUGUGUUUAAGGCGGAGAAGCUGAGCGACGGCGAGGACGGCGUGGGCGACGACCAGGAUUACUCGGGGAGCUCCGUCUUCGUCGACCUGCCGCCGAUGCGCGUGAAGCAGAGUGAAGUGCGGUGA